UCCCAGCAAAUCUCCCAGACUUCCCGGCAAUGCAACAAACAUAAUCAAGUAUUUUAUCAAUAUUACCGUUCUUACCAUUUGAGUAAGAUUAUGGCUAAGUGGUUUUUCACACUCUUCUUGGUUCUCGCCCUAGCCACAGCUUUUGCUUCUGGAGCAAGAAACAUCCCAGGAGGACUCUCUGACCAGAAGAACUACCUCGGAUACGCUGGUGGGUAUUCCGGCAUCGGAGACAAUGGUUUACCUUUUGGUGGCGUCGGUGGAGGUGUUUCUGGUCCCGGUGGUAAUCUUGGUUUUGGUGGACUUGGUGAUGCUGGUGGAGGAUUAGGUGGUGGCUUGGGAAAUGGAAUAGGCGGUGAUUUAGGAAACGGGAUAGGCGGUGAUAUUGGUGGAGGAAGUACCGGAGUUCAUUUCCCUUGAGUUGUUACUUUGGAUCAAGGUUUCGCUCGGUCCUUGAGACAAGACAAAGUUAAGAUGGUUUCAAAGCAAUAAUAAUAAUCAUGUCUUGUUAAGGUUUUGGAGUUUGGAAAUUUCAUUAGCUGUUUAGCGUGCAACUUAAGUUACCUGGUGUCCCUAGAAUUAGAUUCGUGUCUGUCGUGUGAUGUGUUGGUUCAUUUUGACAUUCUGUUGAUUAUUUUUGAGUGUUUCACUUGAUGAGUAAUGUCAACAUCUAUGAAGUUUAAGCUUCUACAUAUAAA